GAGUUGAUUGAAACCACAAAUCAAUCACAAUGGAUUCUAAACCAGCUGAAAACCAUCAAUUAACUAAUACCGAAUCAAAGAAAUCUACAAACCAAAUCAAACCACCCAAUGAAAAGAUAUUAAAAUCAAUUCAAUCGGAUCUAGCAGAAGGAUCUAAAUCAUUUGCAUUAAAAAAUUAUCAAGAUGCAACUGAUUCAUUUUCUAGAGCAUGUGAAACUUUAUCAAUUCAUUAUGGUGAUCAACAUCCAGCUGUAGUGGAUGCUCAAAUUCUUUAUGGUAAAGCUUUAGUUAAACAUGCUAUUAAACUCAAUGCUUGUUUAGGCGGUGGUGGUGGUGAACCUAAUAAAGAUGAACCGGAACCUGAAUCAAAUCAAAAAGUUCAAGAUUCGAAUCGAUCUGGUCCUUCUGGGUCUUCUGACCUCAAAUCAAAAAAAGCUUCAGGAUCAAAACCAACCAAUACCAAUCCUCAUAUCCAUUUCUCAGGUGAUUCUUCAGAUGAAGAUGAAGAUCAAGAUCAAGAAGAAAAGGCAGGAUCAGAUGAAGAUGAUUUAGAACAAUGUACGGUUGAAGAAGAACUUGAAGCUGCUUUUUAUGUACUUGAAUUGGCUAGAAGUUCGAUUGAGAUUCAAUUAUCAGAUGAAAGUUUGAAAGCAUCAAAUCAUGACGAAUUUAUUAAGUUGAAGAAGAAAUUGAUUCAAGUCUUUGAACUUUUAGCUGAAGUUCAUCAAGAAGGAGACAAGUUCGAUGAAGCACUCAAUUCGUAUUUAAGCUCACUAAAGGUUAAAGAAUCUUUACCAACCGAAGUUUGUUCACGUAGAUCAAUGGCAGAAACUCAUCUUUGGACAGCAUUAGCAUAUGAACUUUUACCCGAAAGAUCAGAUUCGAUUUCAAAAUCAGUAGAACAUGUUGAAAAUGCGAUUGAGUUAAUGAAAACUUAUAUCGAAAAAUUAAAAACCGUACCACAAGCAGCACCAUUAGAUGCCAAAGAGAUUGCUCUGCAAGCGUAUUUGAAAGAUGUAGUUUUACCACAUAAGAAUGAGAAUGGAACAUCGGUAGUGAACGAUUUAAGUAUGUUAGUUAAAAGGAAAAAGAAUCCCGUGCAAGAAACUGAAGUGAAGAAAGAUGAAACAGAUGGUUUGGUUGGAAAAGAGAUGGGGAAAAGGUCUUUAGAGGAAGAUGUGGAAACUGGAAUGAAUAAAAAGUCGAAAGUUGAUGAAUCUUGAAAACCAAAUUUGUGAUCAGGGCGUGAUACAUCAUCAAAUUUAUCUUGUGUUGAAUUUCUUUCAAAACGGGGCGGAAAAACUUUUUAGGAUCGUUAAAGUGGUUAUUUUGGUCUGGUUUAGGGUUUUGAAAGAUUUUUUUAUGAUUUGAUUUGAUUGUGUGUGUGUGUUUCCAUUGUCUUUGUUUUUGUUUAUCUUAUGGUGGAAGGGAAUUGUGGUUUUUCUUUUUGAAAUUUGUAAUGAUGGAAAGUUUUCUCGUAUGAAGGAAAAAAUGAGAUUUUCAACUUAA